GGAUGGCCGCGAACCGUUCCUCAGACCCCUUAUUUUACUCCUCGGGAGCACCGUACGCUCCUCCUGCAAAAUAUCUACCGCCCUACCGUCGCUCCUUCUCUCUUCGUGGUUGGCUUGCUUUCAGUUUUGAAUUGGGUUUGCUCUCAGAUCAAUGGCCGGAAAACCCUCGGAGGGAAGGAGGAGAGAGAGAAGAAUUGGUGCUGGCCCUCGUUGCCGAAUGACGGAAAUCUGAGAUCUUUCAAAAGGGGAGUUGCUGCCUCAAGCUCGCUGCCUCCUUUUGCCAGAACUGAGGUGAGCUGUUUGAUCAAAUGUAACAAUAAAGACCCGCAGAUCUUAAAAGAAGUCCAUGCAGAAGUUCUAGAAAUGACAACUCUGAUUGGCGCAGUAGUUGACAUGAAGAUCUUCGCAGAGCAUUUGCUUUUACAUCUUGAAGACAAUAACUGUACAAGCAUAUUUGUAUGUAUAGUAAAUAAUCUUAAUAAUUACUGCCUUAAAUGUUCUCCAUUUUCUUAUUCUUCUGUAAAAAUGACUUCAAUUGAUAUCGUAGCUGACAUCAUUCUAGUCUGUUUGUUGAUUUGUGAAGAUUUUGAGAAAGGUGCAUAUUUUAAAUUUUCAGCCAUGAAGGUUCAAGUGAAGUUGUUAAAUAAAUGGCAUAUUAUGCCAUCUUCUUUAGUCAAUUCUUUAGCUUUAACAGCUGAUAUGGUAAAGUCAGAGGAAAAUUUACCAAAGUUCUGAAGAUUAAUAGGGGUGAUUAUAAUCAUCUGUGAUUCUUACAAAGGAUAUAGGCUUAUAGCUUUCCUUUUUAGAAAUGUUGUACUAGAGUUAAAAAUUGACCAUUCUUGAUAACCUGAUUUUUUUGCGUAGUUAUGAUGCAAGAUUAGUCUAAACAUGCCAAUGCAGGUUAUAGCCAGGUUAGAUCAACUGAUCUAACAUCUAAAAAUAUCCUUCAUCUUUGUCUUAGAAGAUGAAAUUUUAAAAAGGCAAAGUAAUCUCUUGUUUUUCUUUUUUCUUUUUGAGUUUCAUGUACCAAACUCAUGCCGAUCUAUGGCCAAACCAAAAUGGGUCCAGUCCAUGAUAACACAGUUUGUUGGUGUGUACCAUGGUACCAAGAAGGGGGAAGGGAGAAAUAGGAGAAGAGGAGGCAAAGGACAAGGGAGGAGGAAGACGAGACAAAGGAGGAAGAUGAUGAAGAAAGUAUAGGGAGAUCAGAUGGGUCAGCAGUGACUGGCUGUGGCCAUCGGCGGGUAGGCAACAGGUGGACAUGAUAGUAGUGGCAGGGCAGCAUGCAUAGGGGAGAGGGUGCUGGAGGUAAUUGUAGGGUCGGGGAGCUAUGAAUAGCAAAUUGCAUGACCCCCUGCCCUAAGAUUUGUCACUCAUAUUGAAAAAAUAAAUCAGACCAGGAUUGCCCAAAAGGGGGUGGCAUGUAUUGGUUUGGGCAAAAUGGUGAUCCUUGAUCUGACCCUUCAUUUUAUUUGAAUUCAACAACUUAUGGAGGAAGUAGAAAGAUUUUGAACUCGAAUUGUGUAAAUAUGUUAAUAUACUGAAUAUGGUUUAGAAUACAUUGAAUCCUGAUUCUAAAUAUUAGAUGAUAAUAAUUCCAAAUACUAGGAACUGUGGUUCCUAGGAAGCUUCAGAAUCAUGGAGAUUCAGAAGCCCUUGUAUUUAGGUUUCUCUUUGAUUCCCACUACUGCAGAUAGGGCUAGGCUAAAGGAGUGAGAAUUAAGGUAGUUAAGGCUCCAAAUAGAUAAUCUCAAAUCUGUUGAAGAUAUUGAAUGAGAAUGACGACAACAAUAAUAUAUGAAUCAUAAUACUCAUGUGCAUAAUAUCUAAAUGAAAUAUAAUUUGCAACAAAAACAAGAACAACACCAAGUCAUAUAUCCCAACUAUAUGGUAAAUAAAUGGAAAGAAGACAAAAUAAUACAUAUUAACUUAUAAUAAUACAUGAUGAUAAUUGAUAACCCAAUAUUUUAAGCAAAAUAUGUUAUGUGUCCAAAGCAAUAUAACUCCAUCUUAUAAGCUUAAAAUCACAUUGUGAUAGAUGGGGUUGGGGGGUCUACAAGAACGUAUUCCAAAUGCUAGUUUAUUGUUAUGUCAAUAGGUUGGAUCUAUGCCAGAUUGUGUUUCAUGUUACGUCGAUAUAUUGGAUCUCUGCUAGAUGGUUUAUGUGGAUAAAGUGAGGAUUCCCACUUGAAUUAUGGGCUAGAUUUAGAAGUAAUCGAGUCUGAAAAAAGAACAUACGCUUAGUUGUAUACAACUUGUAUCGAACGAAUGUCGACCUGUAACAGUUUGGUAUGCCAUGGUCCACUUUCAGUACAGAGUAUUUUACAAAUACAGGACAUUAUGUAUCCCAAUAUUGACUGUACCAGUACAUACCGCCUGCACUGACUGUAACAGUUGGUGUGCCACGGUCCACUUUCAGUACAGAGUAUUUUACAGGUACAGGACAUUAUGUAUCCCAAUAUUCACUGGACUAGUACAUACCACCUGCACCGACCAGUAUGGUAAUCUAAGAUCAUGAUUAUCUACUUAUAGUGGCUUGGAAAUUUGUCUUUUGUGCACCGGAAGAUUUCAUAGAGUUAAUCCAAAAUUUUUGCAAGAUGUCCAGGAUCCAUUCUUCAUGUUAGACACAUGUGAAAGCUCUUUGUUCACAAUCAAUUACCGAUACUCAUACAAGAUCCUCGAACAAGAAGCACAAGGGGAUAUACUACUAUCUACAGUACAUUGUGAAAGGAGAAGCAACUUUGCAGUUUUCUAGUUUGCUAUAAUUUCUUAUUCAUCUUCAAGCCUAGCCAGAUUUAGGAGCAGUUUCUUAGGCAACCUAGUGACGGAGAACAUCCAUGAAUGAUAUGACAUUGGGAUCAAUCAUAGACCAUUGUAUGUAGUUUUCUGAGAUACUUCUGUAGUAAGAAUAUAUCCUAUAUCAGAAAUAUAACCGUCAUAUUAUUUCCAAGAGCCUUAUUUUUAUCUUUUUUCUUUUUGGGUUACUCUAUAACUGAAGAAAGUUGACAUGUCAACAAAUAUACCAAUAGAACAAACAGCAGCAGUCCAGAACUUGUAACUCAGAAAGGAUAAAAUUCAUGAAGGUUGCAGUGGAAGGGAACUUAGUUGUAUGGAAAGAUGUUGCUCCUUUGCAUUUGGUUUUGCUACGAGCAUGAAUUUGCAUCUUUUUUUGCAAAUCUCUAGUAUUUUACUACUUUGUCAAAGAUAUGACUACCAUAUAGCUAUGUUGUAGUCUCUAUGUGGAUGCGCCAUUCUCUUGGCCCUACAACCCUUGUGGAUGGAGAAGUCCUCUUAACGAGGCAGACAAAUUGUUGACUCAAGUGACCUGUUAUUAUUGUGAUAUCGUAGAAUGAGCAGAAGAUCUGAUUUUGAUGAUAUCAAUGAAAGGAUCGAAAGUUUUCUACUGGAACUAAUUGAAUGAUCCAAAGAUUAGUUGAACAACAAUCUAAAUUUUUGAAAAUAUGGUUGGUUAGGAGGCGCACACUGGAAGGUACAAGUAACUUUGAGCUGAUUGUGAAAGCCAAACAGGAUAUAAGAUCUGGUUCUUAUAGUGAAAUCCUUUCCGAAGUCACAGAAGCUUCCAUGAUGAUAGUAAUUUAGCAUAUGGAAGUUGACUUGUCAAAUAUUAACAUACUCUUGAUGGACAUGAAUUGCCAACUUUGAUUUCUAACAUUGGCAACUGCACAUUUAGCUUCAAGAUCUGUUCCCUGCACCCCAACAUAUCCAUUGUGGAUAAGGGAUAGGUCAUCUCUAAUCAGAAAUGAACUAUUUGCAUUUUGGAUCUUCUUCAAAUUCUAUUGGUUAAAAAGAUUAAGCAGGACUAACUAUUAGAGAAUAAUUGUAUGAUUUUCAUCUUCA